CACGGAUCUUAUAACCAAACUGAUAACUACACUCGCUUGAACGGAUUGAUUGAACCCAAGAGGGUAAAUACCAUUUCCAUUUGGUUAUCCGCUUGAAUUUGAUUAUAGAAGUGAUGGAUUAGAUUUCGGCAUGGAGAAUUGCCUAAUGACUCAAUUUUUGCUUUCAUUUGAAGUUUUUUUGCUAGAAAUUUAAAAAAUGGCAAAGACUAAAAAUUUGCAUCCUUUUUGGUUUGGACUAUCUCACCAUCCCACUUUUAAAGGAAUCUGGCCACAAAGAAUAUACACAGAUCUGUGCUACCGACUUGACAACCAAAUGUGUGACACGAAUGGUUAUAUCUUUUGACAUCUUGAGAAUUUUGACAUGGUUUUGACAAACGGAGUUAACUUCAACCUCACUUAUUUGAAAUCCCAAAAGUCAAAGUGCAUUUUGAUUAAUUUUUAAAAACUAGAUACUGGUAUAUCGAAAUGUUGGCAAAAACAGGUCUACUUAUUGUGUCUAAUCCCAAACAAAUACAUAAAAUCUUGUCUUCUAUACAUAAACAAGUGAAAAACACACUUUAUAUACAACUUCUCUCUGCACUUGGUGAUCCUCUGGGUGCUUUUCAACCCGUAGUAUUCAACACUUGGCCGAAAUUCAGUAAGACACUCUUCAACAUCUAUUCGCAGGUAGCAGUGCAUUGCAACCAUCUUGAUGUAAGAGUACUGAUAUCUGGCCUCAAAUACAAUAUUCCAAAAAUUAAUACCAAAAGCCCCAUUGACUUGGUGAUAUUUGAUAAAACGUAUAAAAAAUCAGAUAUUGAGCAGUUUAUCAAAGGCAAAAUAAAUAACAUCACUGAAAAAUUCGAGAUUAUUACAGUUGAUACUGGAAAAGCAGAAUUUGAAGAAGAAAAUAUAGAUGAGUUUUUAGCUGAUCAUGUGGUGCUUGGAGGUACAUUUGAUAGAAUCCAUGUGGCUCACAAAUUUCUGUUGAGUGAAGUUGCCUUAAGAUCAAAGAAGAUUGCAACAGUAUGUGUCAAAACUAUAGUACUAUUUUAGCCAUUAUAAGAAUAUUUCAAAUUUAUUUUUAACCACACUGAUGGUUAAUCUAUAUUUUGUGAUUGGUAUCACAGAUGAAGGCAUGAUAAAAUCAAAGUUACUAUGGGAAUUUAUAGAAGGUGUAGAUGUUAGGAUAAAAAAUGUAACUGAAUUUUUGAAUGAUAUCUGCCCUGAACUAGAAUAUAGGGUAGCUAAAAUCCAUGACCCAUUUGGCCCUGCAGUUGUUGAUGAUACUAUGCAAUUGUUAGUUAUAAGCCAAGAAACAAUCCAAGGGGGAAUGAAGAUCAAUGAGAUCAGGAAAGCAAAUGAUCUACCAGAACUGCACCUCUUGCCACUUCAACUUAUAGAUGAACCAAAUCCUGGUCCAAAUGAGGAAAAAAAGAUCAGUUCCAGUAAUACUAGAAUAAGGAUGUUGGGAACUGUGAUCCAUCCUAUUAUACCUAAUACUAAAAUUCCUCGUUCACCAUACAUCAUUGGAUUAACAGGCGGAAUAGCCAGUGGCAAAUCAGGUGUCGCAAAGCACCUCACGGAUCUAGGUGCCCAUGUAAUAUAUUGUGAUGAUAUUGGGCAUGAGGUAUACAAAGCAGGAAAGCCAUGUUUUGAUGCUUUGUUAGUAUAUUUUGGAAAAAGAAUUAUAGCUGAUAAUGGAGAGGUCAAUAGGAAAAUAUUAGGGGAGAUAGUGUUUAGUGAUAAGAAAGAAUUAGAUAAAUUAAACUCCAUAGUCUGGCCUCAUAUACUAGAGGAAGUUGAAAACAUUAUAAAUAAUACAGACAAAAAGGUUGUAGUAGUUGAAGCAGCUGUAAUGCUGAUGGCUGGAUGGCAAAACAGAUGUCAUGAGGUAUGGACGACUGUAGUGCCAAGGAAAGAAGUCAUCAGUCGCCUGGUAAACAGAAAUGGUCUAACAGAAGAGCAAGCUGUAGCUCGAGUUGAAGCCCAACCGCCAUCCACGUUUUUUGUGGAACAUGCCAAUGUCGUGUUCUGUCCUUAUUGGGAAGUAGAUUAUACCAGGCAGCAGGUCUUGAAGGCUUGGGAAUUGUUACAAGGAAGGAUAGCUCAGUUACAUGAGGGCAAGUUGCAGUGCGAUGAAGGCAAGAGACACUAACCAAAUUGUUACUGAUGAAACAUUUUUUUUGAAGUGGAUACUUAUACAAUUUUUCAGGUAACGACGUAGACUCAAUCGGCUUUCAAAAUAAAGUCAAACUAUUUGUAUUGAAUAAAAUUAUUUCUUAAAUGAAAUAUGUUUGGGGUUUAUACAAUCUAAAAAAAAAUUGAUCAUAGGAGAUAAGUGAUAAAAGUGUCUUAUUUUCAUAAAUAUAUUACUUUAUUUUAUACGGGGUGUUAGCGCUAUUGUUUUGUUUCGUGAUUCAUUUUGAAGCUUAUAUCAUAUAUUACUUGACGACUAGACUGCAUUUAUCGUACAUAGCUGGUCUUUGUAUUAUUUGGUGUUAAUUAAAUCAUACAUUUUAUGACUGUUGAAUAAAAAAUAUGCAUACAUUUUUUUUCUUUAUUUGCUAAAUAUAACACGAAUUAUGUACGUAUUCGACAAAAUAUCAGC